AUGGAACGGUAUUCUUUUGAUUCAUAUAAAAAUAAAGGAUUCAAUUUUUGGACUGUUACAUUACCAAUAGAUAAAUUAAAAUGGUUAGAUAGUAUGUGCAAGUGUCCAGGAUUUUUCGAAAAGUUUAUGAGUAAACAUGUUAUUGGUAUGACAAUUCGAUUAAAUUAUUGUAAACCACCACCUGCUGUUACUCAAGUUUCAAUUGGCAAAGAAAGACGUCGUGUAGACCGAUAA